UUCACUCUCUUCCUGCAAUUGUCUGAAGAUUUUUUUUCUCCCUCACAACAGCAGCUGUUACUUGCUCGAAGUGUUGCAGAAUAGCUUAUCUGUGUGCCCCAGAAGGGUGGGACUCACAGAGAUCACAGGCUUUUACAAUGAGCCAAAGCCAGCCUGCUGAGUACAAGAAAAUUUGCUGAGGGUUUCAGCCAUGGACUUUGCAAAAGGCAGUGAUUGCUUUGGUGGGACUCAGCUGGUCCAGAACAGCACUGCAGAGACACAAGUGAGCAUCACCUCAUCCUGGAAAAUCACUGCUUGUGUGCCACUGCUGUGCAUCUCUGCUGUCCUGUGUUGUGAACGACAGGAGCAGGAGGGCCCAGAGCUGUUUCUGGACACUUGGGUCGCAUGUACUCAGUGAUGAGAGCUCCAGAGCUGGGAAUGAGCCUUGAGCCGAGCUCUGCUGGGAUGUACCUGGGACCGCUCGCUUAAAGCCUUGUCGCUCUGCAGCUGCCCCUCUGCGUGUUCACUGUGCUCAGCCUCAGGUUACUGCAAAGCCUGGAGGAGUCUGAACUCAUUCUGUUCAAGGCUCAGACUACACCCUUGUGCUCCUGAGGCAAAGACUAAAAGGAAGGCACCAAUUUGUCUGUUUUAAUUUUCUGCCAGGAGUCGUUGCAAUGGAUGAUGGAGCAGAGUCUCUGAUGACUGUGCAUCUCCUCACCCACUUGGGACACUCAUUUCCUCUGCAGCAAACUCUGGAUCGGCUUUUGGAGUGGCUCUGCCUGGACAUUCGCCUUUUCCUGGUGUCUGAGCGAGUUCCUCCACUGAAGUACUACGAGAGAUACCGCAAGAGGAGCUGCAGCUUUCCCGGAAUAUCCGUCCUCCUUUUUCUGCACGAGGACUUGGGAGAAGAACGGAUUUUCCAGGUGCACGAGCAAUUCCAGCGCCCUCCCUGGCGCUACCAGCGAGCCCAGUUUGCCAAAGGGCGAAGCCCCCGCUGUGCCUGUGCCCCGUGCCAGCAGGACUUCUAUGGGCUGGGCGAGCAGCUGCCCGUGUGGGGCAUCAGGCGGGUGCACUGCGGCCCCGAAAUUCUGCGGGUCACGCUGUACUGCAGCUUUGAGAACUACGAGGACGCAGUGAGGCUGUACGAGCUGAUCCUGCGGAGGGAAGGCGCCCUGCAGGGCAGCACCCUGUGUGUGUUCGUGGUGCACAGCGCCCCGCACGCGGCCGUGCAGCUGUGCCUCACGCAGCUGCCCGCCGGGGUGGCGGCCCGGCCCAGCGGCUCGGCAGCGCUGCAGUUCAAGGUGCGGGACAUCGGGCAGCUGGUGCCCCUGCUGCCCAACCCCUGCGUUCCCAUCAGCAGCACCAGGUGGCAAACGCAGGACUAUGAGGGAAACACAAUUCUGCUCAAGGUUCAAAGCAGCUCCAGGACCCUUGAAACAAACAUCGGGCUUUCCCAGCAGCAUAAUAAUGCAGGCAGUGGAAGAAUCCCGCAGGACUGUAUGCCAGCGCCUCUCCCUGUAAAGCAGGGUAAUCCCGGGCGGAGAAGCCAGGAGGUCAGAGCUGUGAAGGGUGGAGCAGAAUCCGACCCGAGUGCAGCCCUUGCCUCUGAGCAAGCCAGCAGUGACCUCCAGAGGCCCGUGUGCUCUCCUGGCGGUGUCACAGCAUCCCGGCCGGGCUGGGCAGCGGCGCCGCGGUGCGGGCAGGCGGGCAGCGGGCAGCGGGCUGCGCUCCCGGAGAGCCGCCGGCACCGCGGGGCCGGGGCCGGCACCGGCACCGGCACCGGCACCGGCACCGGCACCGGCACCGGCACCGGCACCGGCACCGGCGGGGACAGCGCGCUGCCCGCGGGCACUCCCGGCCGCUGCCCGCUCGGCCGCUUCCCCCGGGCCCUGCGGAGCAGCCUCCAGACCCUGCAGGGCAGCCCCCAGCCCCUGCCAUCCCCCCGGACCCUGCAGGGCAGCCCCCAGCCCCUGCCAUCGACCGGGACCGGCGCUGCCCGGCCCGCCCCGGACGGGGCGCGGCUGCCGGGAGCCGCCGGCAGAAGGAGCAGAGCGGCGCACGGAGCUCCGCAAACAGCGCGGGCCAGCCCUGCACACCCAGCGGAGCACCAGGAGGAGCAGGAAUUCUUUAUAUGACUGAAGCCAGACGUGCCGGACGGACUCAUCCUUCCCAUAGGACGUGCUGCUCAGGGUGUACCUCUGCAGCUGUGAGACCCCACUGGGGGUCGCUGAGGCAGACACUGAACUUCCACGGAGGAAUGCUAAGGAGGCUGCAGGAAAAAUUACACUGUAUUCACAGAAAGUUGUUGUUUUGGUUUGUUUCUUUUUUAACGCACAGUAGGAGAGGGGUUUGUUGUGCACUGAAUGGGAAUAAGCCGUAUGACUCAUACAGCUGUUCUAAAAUGCUAAAAAAUAGACAGUGACAUCUUCAGAUGGGUUUGGAAUGUGCAGUUUGCCUGAGCUGCCCAAGCAGCUGGGUGCCCCCAGCCGUGGGGUCUCAGCAUCCCUGGCCAGGACACACUGGAACAAGGUCGUGGCAUGGUCACAGGGGUUAUGCUGGCGUUCCUUUGUGUUCCUUCUUGCUUCCCAUGUUGUUGGUAUUUAAAACCUACAAUGUUGUCAAUUUUAUGCAAGAUUUGAAACAUAGGAAUAUUAUUUUAAAUAU